GGAAUGGAAAUUUUGUUUUCUGAGAAGCAUUUCUUGGGUUGGCAGCGUCGCGUUACCCUGUCAACAGACAAUAGCAGACGAUGUUUGUCGAAAGACACGCUCGUUAAUUUCAACGAAAAGAUAUAGUAUUUACGUUUUUCUCAAAAUGUUGCGACUUAUGGCACCAAACACCGCUAGUAAUGUAAUAGUACCUCAGCUGCGACAGUUCCACGCCAGUGCUGUCUGUUGUAAACUCCAGUCAGGAAGAUACAAAAUUACCCCUAAAAGGAACAGGCCACUGACUUAUGAAAUGGCCAAUCCACCAUAUUACAUAGCCCACAGGAAAUCAUGGAAUUCCUGGGAUACAACUUCUCUACUGGAUGGACAAAGAGCAGCAGAAACUUCGGUGGAAGAUGUCUUCAUUCGCCGAUUCAUGACAGGAACUUGGCAUGACUUGUUCUGCUCUGAAGUUAUCAUUAAACGUCAACACAAUCUUAUUAGAAUAGCUGGCAUAAUUCGACAAGGUCUUCCUGCUCGGAAAAUGUAUUUUCUGAUUGGCUACAGCGAAGAAUUGCUGGCCAAUUGGUUGCAAUGUCUAGUAAAAUUAGAAUUGCAAACUGUAGAAAAUAAGGAGGCUACCAUUUUCAAGUAUAUAUAGUUUGAAGUGCCAAUAGUCAUUUGUUCCAAUUAAAUACAAGAAAAAGUAAAGACUG